AUGGGCAAACUAGGUGACUUGUCGCCACAGGGCAGUGUCGCGGUCGGAAUUCUCGUCGGACUCAUCUCAACUAGCUUGCAGGCGAUCGGGUUGACACUCCAGCGCAAGUCCCACCUGCUCGAGGACGAAAAACACCCAUAUGAUGUGCGCCGACCACCAUACAAGCGCCGCCGAUGGCAACUUGGAAUGGGCAUGUUUGUGAUUUCCAACAUUGUUGGCAGCACAAUCCAAAUCACCACCCUGCCACUGCCGGUCCUUUCUACACUUCAAGCUUCGGGACUAGUGUUCAAUACGAUCUUCGCGACCCUCAUUCUCGGUGAACCCUUCACUCGGUAUUCUUUCGCAGGUACCGGCCUCGUCUGCAUCGGUGCAGUAUUGAUCGCGACCUUCGGCGCCAUUGGAGAACCUGCCCAUAGCCUGAACCAGCUGCUGGUAUUACUACAGGGACGACCAUUUCUUAUUUGGAUGGGAAUGACAUUGCUUAUCGUCGCGAGUAUUCUACUGGGAUCGAAGUUACUGAGAUACUUCAUACCCGGGUCGCGGGGGAAGCCCGUUGCAGCAGGCCAUUUUACACCACAUUUACUGCGUCUUCAGAGUCGAAUUAAGCUCGCACGUGGUAUGUGUUACGGAGCAGUGAGUGGUAUUCUAUCCGCCCAUUCGCUAUUACUUGCCAAGUCGGCUGUGGAGCUACUGGUGCGCACCUUGGUCGAUGGCAAGAACCAGUUCAACCGAUGGCAGUCUUGGGUGAUUUUGCUGGCCAUGAUCACUCUAGCAUUAACGCAGCUGUUUUACUUGCAUCGCGGGCUCAAAUUGUGUAGCACAAGUGUGUUGUACCCGUUUGUGUUUUGCGUCUAUAACAUUAUUGCUAUCCUUGAUGGUCUGAUUUACUUCCGCCAGGCGUCCCAACUAGCUGGAUUCCAUGCAGGCCUCAUCGCAUUGGGAACUAUCAUCCUGCUAGUUGGUGUACUAUGUCUAUCGUGGCGCCUGGAGGAUAUUGAGAGCCAUACUGCUGUUACGGUAGUAGGUCCUACACAGACUGGGCUUGGGCCAGGCCUGGGAGUUGUCGAGGAACACUCACCAUCGUCAUCAGGGCUGCUGGAUGGUCUGGAAGAUGAAGAGUCGCAACUUGGAGAACGGGAGCCACUUCUUCCCGGCUUUUCUCGGUCGCGACAACGUCCUUUACAUCCACGAGCCCGGGCUCCUAGCCUCCCUCUCCUUCAAACAUUCGAUGACCAUGAGGCCGCAGAUCUCAACGCGGCUUCCAUAUGGGCCGAACUGGAUGACUCGGACUAUAAUUUCGCAUCCACCGAGCGGCCUCGCAGUUCCAGCAGCGGUGCGCUGCAUACCCCGAUACGCGGCCUUGCCCGCCAUUCAACAAUAGGCCCCAUCUCCUACCAACGUGUUCGAGGUCCUCAUCGUAGUCGCCCAUCACAACAAGAGAGCCCCUGGCGACGCUCCUCAAUGCCCUGGGCCAGUCUCGUGGGUUCUCAGCGCAAGCGACGAGCUCCACUUUCUUCCCCCACAGUGCAAGGCGCAAACGGUUAUGGAACGAUCCCAGAAGACGACAUCGAACAUCGCGAUCAGGGCGCUCCAGGCGCCCCCGACCCAUCAUCUACAUCGAGCCUUCUCGCAGGACCGAGAAGAACCCUGCGAGGUGCGUGGAAUCAAGGUCGACAAUACCUAUUCCGAUGGACAACUUCACCGGCGGGUGAUCACUCAGACUCCCGCGAGCACGACCGUGCUUAUUCGUCCCUUUUACCGCGCUCCGAAACACGUCUUCCUUGGAUGGAUGAUGCCCAUAAUCCGUCAAGUGAGCCUGCCGAGCCUGCCGAGCCUGCAUCUAAGGGGACGUCGCCAUCGUCUUAA